AUGAAUCUGGCAGACAUCUUGAACCAUCUCAUCCUGAUUCGAAACCUCAUCACGGUCGCGCUACUUAUUCCCGUUUGUUGCUCGGUACCCACCAACUACAGUAUAUUCUUCCUGAGUGUCGAGUCCUCUGGUGAUCCUAAUCCAAUGCGCUACGGUCUAUUCGGGUCAUCCAAUAGCUCCCAGGUUCAGGUUGGAUAUGAUUUUUCUAGUCCGGAGCUGGAUUUCGAUUUAAGGUCGAUUAAUACUGGGUUUAUCCAUAGCUUGACCGUCGCACUGAUCUUGUAUCCCAUCGCUACUGCCCUUCUCGGAGUCGCAAUCACGUUCUCUCUGUUCAACGUCCACAUUAAACUGCUCCUUCACACAAACUACAUUGCUCACCUCCUGCUAAUGAUCGCGUGGAUCUGCUCUAUGGUGCUCUUCGGCGCCACACGUUCAGCGUUCAUCUCGCAAGGCAUCGAUGCUGGAUGGGGAAAUGCAAAUUGGCUCGCAUUGACUGCGUGUAUCGUGGGUGCGGAUUAUAAGUCGUAUAUAGAAAUACCGACAGAGAUACUCAAGAGAGUAAAGUUGGAUGAUCAUGCAAUGAGUGUUUAG